AUGGUGGAGCUGCAGCAGAUCCAAGUGCAGGAGGCAGUGGACUCCAUAGUGAAGAGUCUGGAAAGAGAGAACGUCCAGAAGAUGCAGGGCCACAUGUUCUGGUGCAGCACCAGCUGUUGUGAGGACAGCCAGGUGUCCAUGCAGCAGGUGCACCAGUGCAUCGAGCACUGCUGUGUGCCUCUGGCUCAAACCCAGGCCUUGGUGACCAACGAGUUGGAGAAGUUCCAGGACUGCCUGGCCCGGUGGACCAUGCAUUGCAAUGACAAAGCAAAAUAUUCAACAGAUGUGGGGAGUAAGGAGCUUCAGGUGAAGCAGCAGCUGGACAGUUGUGUGACCAAGUGUGUGGAUGACCACACGCACUUCAUCCCGAUGAUGACCAGGAAGAUGAAGGAGUAUCUCUCAUCCACUGGGAAAUAA